CAGGACCUUCAUUUGUUUACGGAGACAAAUCAAGUCCAUCGCUUUUCCCUCCCUUGAGAACAAGGGUUUCGCUUUCUCUUCCGGCUUUUGUUGUCUCAACGCUUUUUACUCAGCCACUCAGUUAAGUUUUAAGUCUUUGAAAUGGAGGAUACCUUCAUGGACAUUCGGGAGCAUGGAGUUUGUGUGAACAAGAUCAAAAACCGGUAUACAUGUAACUACUGUGGGAAAGAAGUUCAGGGCAUCUGUCGUCUGAAGCUUCACUUGGGUGGUGUGGGUAUAGAUGUAACUCACUGUGACCAAGUCGCAUCUAAUGUUAAAAAGACUUUUCGAAGUAUGGUUAUGAAGCAAAGGCACGGCUCUACUGCUGCUGCUGCUGCUGCUGCUGAGUCUGAGACUAGUAGAGUUAUUGGGAAUGUCCAAAUGGGUAAUGGUCAUCAUCAUAAGCGUGGAAGAUCAGAAAUCUCAUCCAGCAGAAGUGUUGUGGAGAGUUCUAAUGAACAUGAUGUGAAUAUUCAGUCAAACAAGGCCCGGAAGUGCAUAGGUCGGUUCUUUUACGAAAGUGGUAUCGCCUUUUCAGCUGUGGAUUCACCAAGCUUCAGAGAAAUGAUCAUGUCUGUAGCUGGUGGUGGUGGUGGUGGUGAUGAGGAGACGGGGCUUAAGAUUCCUGGCUCUCGUGAUUUAAGCGGAUGGAUGCUUCAAGAAGCAUUGAAGGAAGUGGAAGAGUAUGUGAAGAGGGUUAAAGAUUCGUGGGCCGUAACAGGUUGCAGCAUCUUGCUGGAUGCUUGGGUUGACGAGGAGAAAGGCCGUGAUCUGGUUACUUUCAUUGCGGAUUCUCCAGCUGGUCCAGUUUAUCUGAAGUCCUUUGAUGUUUCUGAUAUCAAACGUGAUACCAACGCCUUGAUAUCACUUGUGGAUGGGGUUGCUGAGGAAGUUGGAGUGGGUAACGUUGUUCAGAUCAUUGCAUGUUCAACCACUGGCUGGGUUGGUGAGUUAGGCAAGUCUUUUGCGUCUAACAACAGUAAUAUCUUCUGGUCCGUGAGUAUCUCCCAUUGCUUUGAGCUCAUGCUGGCGGAGAUCAGCAAAAUGGAUUCCUCUAGAGGGAUACUUGACAAGGUGAAUAGCAUCAUAAAGUUCCUUCGCAGCAACCCCUUGGUGUGGGAGCUUUUCAAAGAUCCUAGUCAUAGACAUGACAUGAGGGACUCCUCCUCUGAGUUCGAGUUCGUUAGGCCUUAUCUCACUCUUGAGAACGUUCACAAGGCGAAGGACAACUUGGCAAAAAUGUUUUUUUCAUCCGUCUGGAGCAAAGAAGAGGGCACAGCAGUAUCCAAACUUGUGAAUGAUUGGUCCUUUUGGGAGUCUGUUGAGAGGCUUGUGAGAUCAACAUCUCCUCUUAUCCGAGGCCUAUGCUUGUUAUCUACUGCCAACAAUCAGCAGGUUGGAUAUGUCUACGACACUAUGGAUGGCAUAAAGGAGAGUGUAGCAAAGGAACUAAGUGACGAGGAGCUACCUUACAAGCCUGUGUGGGAUGUGAUUGAUGAUGUGUGGAACAAUCAUCUCCACAGUCCUCUUCAUGUUACCGGUUACUUUCUGAACCCGGGUGCCUUCUACUCAGGUGACUUCAGUUCUGAUCAUGAAGUUACAACCGGUUUCAUCUCCUCUUUGGUUUAUAUGGUAAAAGACUGUCACGUCCAGGCCAAAAUUUCCGCACAGCUUAAAAUGUACAGUCUCGGUCAAGGUUGCUUUGAUGAGGCCAGUCAAGCUAAUCAAAUCACUGACAUUGCUCCAGCUGAGUGGUGGGUUCAAAAGGCUAGCCAACAUCCAGAACUACAGAGCUUUGCCAUUAAGAUUCUGAGCCAGACAUGUGAAGGCGCUUCGAGAUACAAGCUGAAGAGGAACGUAGCAGAGAAGCUGCUGCUCACGAGAGGAAUGAGCCGUCGUGAGAAACAGCAUCUGGAAGAGUUAGCGUUUGUUCAUUACAAUCUCCAUCUACAACGCUUCAAAGGUACAAACUAAGUGAAAGAGUUUUUGUGCAGCAAGACUUUUGUGAAUGUGCAGAUUCUUUAGUUUGUAUAUUCAUUUGGGGAAUGUUAAGUAUCAAACUUUGGAUGCUGUAAGUUAUAUUGCGUUGUCAGGAUGUUGUGUUUUGAGUCUUUGACUUUGUUGUUUUGUGGAAACUAAUUUGAGAUUUUA